UUAUAAUCGAACGCCUCCUCUGUUUCCCUGUGUAGUCUUCCAUUUUGGUCUGAGCUUUGAGAAAUGGCUUUGCGCGUGGGAAUGCUCAGGUCCGGCAGAGACCACUUGGCCUCCAUUUUCGGCUUUCGGAGGUGGACCCACAUCGCCGCCAUGCCUCCGCCGUCUUUGUUUGGGUCUGUUCAGAACCGAAUCGCUUCCCCACAUUUUGUUCUGUCGGAAUUCGAUCGGGAGGCAGACACCGGUUUCGGGUUCCCAAGUAUCUCCUUCGGUGGUUUCAUGGAGCUCAUGGCUGUCCCCAAGAGGAAGACUUCUCCCCACAAGAGAGGCAUAAGGAAUGGCCCAAAGGCUUUGAAACCUGUUCGGGUUAUAAUCCGAUGCAAGAGUUGUGGUCGAGUCAAGCUGCCGCACUAUUAUUGUUGCAGUGGACAUAGGGGAAAUGACAGUAAUGGCUCAAUUAGUUAGAUUAGAUGUUGUAUCUGCCUUAUAAGCAUUUGAAGCUUUCUCUGUUGGAUUUGUUCUUUUCCUCUUUCCCAUCAAUAAAGGGUUUGCUAUCAA